AUGACAAUUGAAAGCGCAGUGGCUCGAGAAUUAGCAAAUUUGAUUAUACCCGCUGACUCAAUUGUUAACGUCGUUGACCAAUUUCAAGAAGAGUUAUUAUCACGACUUCAGACAAACACAAUUUCUAUGCUCCCGCAGUGUUUGGUACCGGAUGAACGAUCACGAUGGAACCCAAAGGAUAGGAUUCUCGCGAUUGAUUUCGGUGGAACAAGGUUAAAAUUUGCAAUAAUCUCAUUGCCCCAAAUUGUCAUUGAAUAUAAUGAUGCCUUUGAGCUUACUUACAACAUCGUUGAUUCGAAUUUUUUUAAUCAAAUUAUCUAUACAAUAUGUACCAGGCUGGCUGCAAAUGGUUAUAUAAAGAGUAAGAAUGAAACUUACGAAAUGCCCAAGUUUUUUGUUUCCGUGACAUUCAGUUUUCCUCUAAAUUCAAAAGGCGAGGUAGUUGCUAUGGGAAAAGGCUUUGUAAUGACCAAUGCUCUUCAAGGAUCAACGGUGAAACAGCUUAUUCAAUCGUCCUUUGAACAGAUAAUAUCAGACAAUAUUGAAGAAUUUUUUUGUGCGAUGAACGUGUGUGAUGUAAUAAACGACGCAAUUGCAGUUUCAUUAACAAGCAAGUUUAUAUGCGAGAGUGAUUCAAUUUCACUUAUAAUUGGAACAGGCACAAACGCAUGUUUCGAGGUACCCUAUGGAUAUUUACCACCAUUUAAGAAGAAUGCCUUGAAGGAAACUUUGCCGUCGAGUUAUAAUAAGGAAACAUUAAAUUUCAAACAUGUUCUCAUCAAUUCUGAAAUUGGUUUUGUUGGGAAAAAUAUCAUCUCGUUACAACCAUUUGACAUUCAUGGAGGAAUCUCAUAUGAAAUGCCAUUAGAAUGUGUCACUUCCGGUAAGUGGCUCCCUCUUUCGCUAAAAAAAAUUCUAUUGCAGUAUAAUAUAAUCUCCAAAGAUUCUACAAUAGAAUUUAAUGGAGAGAUGAUGUGCCAAUUGGCAGAAAACUCCAACAAUAUUUGGUUCGAAAACCAGCAUUAUACGCUGAUCUGUCUAAUCGCCCGUCUUCUAAUCAAAAGAGCUGCAUUUUACGUUGCUGCAAUAGUACAAGCUAUUGAUAUCAUCACAGGCUGCAAAAACUAUAACUUCAUUCAUGUUGGCUAUGUGGGAUCCUUUCUGCACAAUUCUGCCUUUUAUCGGGAACAGAUAAAACAUUAUUCCAGCAUUGACAUUAGGUUGCAAUUCUUGAACCACAGUAAUCUAUUGGGGGCAGCCAUAGCUACUUACUUGAACAAGUCAGACAAGUGA